GCUCCAGCCUCCUUCCCAGUCCCGGGAGGCUGCCGCGCCAGCCGCGCCGAGCGAGCCCCUCCCCAGACCCAGCCCCGUCCGCGGCCCCGCCCGGACCCGGACCCGCCGUCCAGCUCUUGCAGUGCGACUGCGGCCGCCGCCAGGGAGGGAGGCGUCCCCGGCCGCUGCAUGCCCGCGCCGCGCCGCCCGCAGGGCAGGCCCCGAGGGACCAUGGCCUUGGGCCCUCCUAGGAGGACCCUUCUGAUGCUGCUGAUGGCCUUGGGGCUGAGCCAGGGAGACCCCAUGAAGCCCUCUUGGGACCCACUGGUGACCUGCACGUGUGAGAACCCACACUGCAGGGGGCCUACCUGCCAGGGGGCCUGGUGCACUGUGGUGCUGGUGCGGGAGGGCAGACACCUCCAGGAACAUCGGGGCUGCGGGAACCAGAAUGAGGAGCUCUGCAAGGGGCGCCCCACUGAGUUUGUCAACCACUACUGCUGCUACAGCCCCUUCUGCAACCAAAACGUGUCCCUGGAGCUGCAGGCCACCCAGUCCCCUUCGGAGCAGCCACACGUGGAUGGCCAGCUGCCUUUGAUCCUGGGCCCUGUGCUGGCCUUGCUGGCCCUGGUGGCCCUGGGUGCCCUGGGCCUGUGGCAUGUCCGGCGGAGGCAGGAGAAGCAUCGGGGCCUGCACAGCGAGCUGGGCGAGUCCAGCCUCAUCCUGAAAGCAUCCGAGCAGGGGGACAGCGUGCUUGGGGACCUGCUGGACAGUGAUUGCACCACAGGCAGUGGCUCGGGGCUCCCUUUCCUGGUGCAAAGGACUGUGGCACGGCAGGUCGCCCUGGUGGAGUGUGUGGGAAAGGGCCGCUAUGGUGAAGUGUGGCGGGGCCUGUGGCACGGUGAGAGUGUGGCCGUCAAGAUCUUCUCCUCGAGGGAUGAGCAGUCGUGGUUUCGCGAGACAGAGAUCUACAACACUGUGUUGCUCAGACACGAUAACAUCCUAGGCUUCAUCGCCUCGGACAUGACCUCCCGCAACUCGAGCACGCAGCUGUGGCUUAUCACGCACUACCACGAGCACGGCUCGCUCUACGACUUUCUGCAGAGGCAGGCGCUGGAGCCCCAGCUGGCCCUGAGGCUAGCUGUGUCCGCCGCCUGCGGCCUGGCGCACCUGCACGUGGAGAUCUUCGGCACGCAGGGCAAACCGGCCAUCGCUCACCGCGACCUCAAGAGCCGCAACGUGCUGGUCAAGAGCAACCUGCAGUGUUGCAUCGCUGACCUGGGCCUGGCCGUGAUGCACUCCCAGGGUAGUGACUACCUGGACAUCGGCCACAACCCGCGAGUGGGCACCAAGAGGUACAUGGCCCCCGAGGUGCUGGAUGAGCAGAUCCGCACGGACUGCUUCGAGUCCUACAAGUGGACUGACAUCUGGGCUUUUGGCCUGGUGCUCUGGGAGAUCGCCCGCCGGACCAUUGUUAAUGGCAUCGUGGAAGACUACAGACCACCCUUCUAUGAUGCAGUACCCAAUGACCCCAGCUUUGAGGACAUGAAGAAAGUGGUGUGUGUUGACCAGCAGACCCCAACCAUUCCCAACCGACUGGCUGCAGACCCGCUCCUCUCAGGCCUGGCUCAGAUGAUGCGGGAGUGUUGGUAUCCCAACCCGUCUGCCCGCCUCACUGCGCUGCGGAUCAAAAAGACGCUGCAGAAACUCAGCAACGGCCUGGAGAAGCCCAAAGUGAUUCACUAGCCGCGGGCGCCUGACUCCUCUCCUCCUGCAGGGGUGGGUGGACGGCGGCGGUCUGUUGUCAAGGUGGUGUGGGUGUGUGUGCUAGGGAGGGGGUGCCCCUCCAUGGAGCAGCUGCGUGCACCCAGCUCGGGCCCCCAGCCCAUCCAGCCAAAAAUACAGCCGGGCUGAAACCCGAUCCCCCGCCGUCUGGCCCGCUCAGAGCAGCAGGAUCCCUGAUGCCUGGCUUUUGCCCUACCCCCACCCCCCCACCCCUUGCCAGCAGGGUGCACCUCCAGGACAGGAUGCAAAAGAGGCCCCAGAGCCAGAGUGCCAAGCCAGGGGAAUCCCACUCCUGGGCCCAGAGCCUGGGCCUGCACUUUACCCCCUGCCCUUGGUCGACCCCACUGCCCCACCAGAGCUGCUGAGGUGUCACAGGACCCUUGAGCAGACACCCUGCCCUGCCAGGCCUCAGGCUCUGGAACAAACCACAGACACCCAGGGUUUCUCUCUGUGGAUUUGCCUCCCAACUCCAUGACACCCUGGGCCUUCUCAUCUCUCCAAUAACAGUCCAGCUUGCUGAAUGCCAGCUGCCUGGGAUAGCUGGGGCCAGAUCCUGGAGUCCCAGGCCCCCAGCCUAGCUGAUUUAUUAGGGCAGGAAAACCCAAGAGGGCCUCCUGAGGGUGUGGCAGGGUAAUGGAGAGGUGGCCGGUCAGAUGGCAUGGGCCCAGGCUUUCAGAAGUACUGAGAGGACUUGGAGGCCAAGCAUGGCUGGAGAAAGGUUCUGGGAGUCAGGAGACCUGGCAUCUGGUUCUGGCUCCUUGCAGUGUGUGACAAGAGUGGGGCCUUCACUUCUUAGGACCUUUGUUUCUUUAUCCACAUAGCGAAAGAUUUGGUCCUUCUGUCCUUUAAUGUCCUUUCAGCUCUAUUUUUCUUUCAACUUUCAGCCUGUGUUAGAACUGAGUUCAUCAAUCCCAUCAACCCCCUAUGCUCCAGCCCCUGGCAAUCUGCCUCAAGAUGGGGAUUUGAAAAUAUUGGGGUUUUGUAACUAUCAGAGUCCUUGAGUGUCUGAAAUGCCACCUAGUCUAAUUCUACAAGCACCAAUCCUUGCCUUAGCCCAUGCCAGUGACUGAGAGGCAGCUUCUUCCAGAGCCUCCAAGGCUCAGAAGAAAUUUGGCUCUAGCCAAGAAGCCUCCAGCAUCCUGGUUCCUGUUCUCCUCUGGCCCAGCCCCAGAAAGCAUGUGUCUCAGGAGAACUUAGUGGCUUUAGAGAACGUUUGGUUUUUGGAAAUGUCCAGGGUGUGUGUCCACACACUGAGGAGGGUAUCCUAGACCCUGGGCAGGUGGAUGGGCUGAAGGUUGGUGGGUUGGAGGUAGAGCCUGAGAGGAUGUGAGGGGGGCUCAGGCAAGAAUAAAGAUGGCCCCAAACUUGGAAAGACCUCGGGGCAGGCUGGAGAGGGACCCUAAGUUCUGUUUCAGUCUCAGUCUCCAGAGCAUGAAGAAACACACCCCUCCCCCUCUCCUGCUGUCAAUGACCCAGCACAACCUCCCCAGGCCGCCUUGUGGGCUGCUUCAACCAUCACCGUGGCACUUUCCCAGGCUGGUCUCCCAGUAUUGUGCAAGGCCCAGAGGAGAACCAGGAAGUGAAACUGGGUAAAAGCAGAAAGCUACACGGACCAGCGGGGUCCCAGGUCAUCUGGACAGGGCUUGCUUCCCAGUAGGUUCACUCCUCUGGUCACUGGAACCCACCCAGCCCAGAAAUCCGUUUCCUCUGAAGGAUUUUAUCUCAACUGGGUCUUGGGGCAAACUCCUCUGAGAACUCCACAUCCAGAAACCAAGGGCAACAGCUCUAGGAAGGCUGGAAAUCCUUAAAGAGAAGGUCGGAGGCAGAAGGUGGAGUGAACCUGGUGGGUUGAGAGAAGGGGCUGGGGAGAACAGUCAGCAAACAGAGAAGGAAGGGGGAGACAUUGGUCAGCACCGUUUACAUAAUUCUGUCACAGUGGCCAGAAGGUCGUAAUUAUACUUCUCUUGUCUGGAGAUACUGUUUGUGGAAGCACUUAGCACGUGCCUAGCACACAGCAGUUCCUCAAUAAAAAGGUGGUCUAAUC